UGCACAAACCAAUGAGAGCGACAGUGCGCGAACUUCUCCGGUUUUUCACGAAAUAUGGCGGAUGCUGAGCUGUCUAAAGCUUUGAAGGACCUUCCGAACCGUGUCCAGACCGCCAGCAAGAAGGAGCGACGGGAAAUUCUGCAGAAUGUUAUCGACGUGUUGUCAAACCCUGGUAUUAAUGAGAAGAUCAUCGGAGGAAUAUGCAAAGUUGUAUCGAUCACUUUGCAUCGGUACAAGGAUACCGCGUCGCAGUCAUAUAUUAAGAACUUGAUCAUAGCUCUGCUGAAAAAUCAACCAGAUGCAACAGUGAAGCAUAUGACAAAUGCCGUAACGGAGCAAGCAGUAUGGCACAAAAAUUUAGUACCAACCUACAGUACUGCAGCAACAGCCUAUACUGCAUUGAAGUGGUCAACUCUGAUUAUCCUUUAUGGGAUAAAUAAGGGAUCAGAGGCGACUCAAUCGGAAUUGCCGAAGUUGAUAGAAGCCCAGGCCAACCUAAGUGCAGCAGCAAUAGCAUCUGGGAACAAGAAGUUGCGUGAUAAAGUCUACUCUUUAUUAAAGCACCAAUGGACAGUUGUAGAGGGUCUGGAAGACAAAUACGCAGAUAUGCUGACAAAGAUGGAAGCCGGCAAUGGUGUCAUUGUUCUUACCAGCCUGUUGAUAAAACAUUUAGUUGCCACAGACAAGUGUGCACAAGUAGAAAAACUUAAAGAUGGAAUACUGGAGUCUUUCAUAAAAGUGACUAUCAGUUGUAAGAAGAAACCUGAGCUGUAUGUCGUUGAUGCAGCAGUACCACUACUUCGUCGAGUUUCUCAUGAUGAUUUCAAAUCACAUUUGCUGCCAGCCUUACAGAAAGCAAUGCUGAGGAAUCCUGAGAUAAUCAUCGAGUCAGUAGGGCAUAUUCUCAGUGGAUUAAUGCUUGAUUUGAGUCGCUACAGUCAAGAAAUAAGCAAAGGAUUGUUCGCUAAUCUGCACUCCAAGGAAGACCUUGUGCGAGAUGAGUCGGCAGAUGCUUGUCGUCGACUAGCGCUACAGUGUUCGGAUACUUCUGCCAUCGAGGACCUGUUAGCAGCCCUGUUUGCGGUGUUUCAUGGCUCUGAGGGAAAACUCACAGUAGCCACUCAUAAAAUUUCUGUACUGCAGGCUGCUGGAAACCUUAGUCGCAAUGGAGCAUUUGGCAGCAGUGUCCAAAGAUUGGCAGAAGUGGCUUGCGAUCAUUUUAUCAAAGUUCUUGAGACAGAAGUCCAUGAAAAGACCCUGAUCCAUGCCUUGGAAAUGAUGGCUCUUUGGUGUGAAAAGUUUGCCAAUGAGGUACCAAAGAAUGUAGUUGAGGCUUUCAAGAAAGGGAUGGCAGCAAAAACCUCGACAGCAGGAGUGCGGACUGCAUAUAUCAAGCUUUUCUUCUCUGCUCCGAUAGCCUCGCACUCUAAUACAGUAGCUCCUAUUCUGAGUCAAGCUAUAACAAGAGCAGCGCAGCAAUGUAUCCAACCAGCAGCAGUCACUGAAGGAUUAGUAGCAUCAUAUUUACUGCUGAAAUUAGUCCUCGCAGGUCGAGUAGAGAAUGACAAACAGAGUGUCUUAUGGAGUACUAUUGAUGAGCAGAUCUUCUUCUCCGAAAAGUUCCUUUCCACCUGUGGCGACGAUACCCUGUAUCACUUAAUGCAACUAUGUGAGAAACUCAUCUCAGAAUUUGCAGAUCGACUGAACGAGAAAGCUAUGAAUGGUGUUAAUCGUGCAAUUGUGUAUUGUGCUAACGCCCCGAAAUCGGCAACACGUAGACGGUGUUUCCCCCUGAUAAAAAAAGUUCUAUCGGACCUCAGUACCUAUGAACCAGCCGAAGCUCUCCUGAUAGAAUUCAACAAGUUUCUUAAUAAUGCUAAAUUUAAAGCAGACUCUGAAAAGGAAGUUAAGGAUGACUCACCAGCUAAUGAAGUUUGUGGUCGAUCAUUAGCCGACGGUCUGUUGGCGAUCUGUUCUGGUUCCUUCCUUUUCGAAUUGCCAACGAUGCAGAUGACUAGAGAUGCUUUGAUCCCAGCGCACCAUCCUGUGAUUUUAAAGGCGGUUCCAAAUCUUUGGUUAAAGAUUGUUAAGAAUUUUGGUCUGACGCCUAAAGAGUUCCUUAGAAAAUUCGGAAGUGAGGUUAGGCGAGUUUUAAUUCAAGGAUAUAAGCCGAUACCGUCUUAUGAAAAUGCUUUAGCUAGAGUUGUAUCUCUUGCGCCGGAUGUAAUUCUUCCAUCACUGGUGUCUAAUGUUACUAACAAGCUGGACGAUCCUGAGAUCUUGAAAGUUACUAAGGACGAAUACUUCACUUACUUAACACCGGAAGGUGAACUUUACGAUAAAAGUGUAAUAUCCAGUAGCGAUGAAAAUGAGAUUUUGAAUGCCAUGAACAUGAAGAGGGAGAGCAAGGCAUACUCUUUUAAAGAACAACUAGAAGAACUCCAACUGCGCAGGGAACUUUACGAGAAGAGAAAACGAGAAGGCAAGAUAAAGGAGCCAAAGUUAACUCCGAAGCAGGAAGAAGCACUCAAGGCUCAGACCGCGAAGGAGAACGCGAUCAGAAAAAGAUUGACUGAAUUCAAUUCCAAAAUCGUCGAUGCAGUGUCCUUAGUGAACGCGGCUGCGCGUGGAAAUCGCACCGAUUUAUCGUUGUACUUGAAGGAUCUACUUCCACCGAUCCUAAAAGGUCUAGGCUCUCCUUUAGCUGCUCACAUCAUGGCAGAACUAUAUGUAUCUCUCAGACAGAUAGUGAAGAUCACCAAUGACACCAUCCUCGGUAAUUUGGUAGCCCAUGUGACUCUUCGACAAUUACAACCACAGUGUGACGUAGACGCAGUAUGGGAGGAAGAGCCCUUGGAUAAAGCUGUGAAGAGAGCCUUGAAUCUUAUUCAUUUGCAUACAGUUAAGCAGAAGCAGCUCUUUUCAGCCCCAGCAUUCUGUUAUGUCUUCCCGUUUAUAAAAAAAACGUUAAUGACCUGCAAAGAUGACAGUAUGAUCACUCAAGGACUGCAGGUUAUACAGGACCAUGCUAAGCAACGAGCAGAUAAUUCUGAUCCAAGGGAUCUGAGACAUCCUCGACUUUUGCCCAGAAAACAGAUGUUUGAUUUGUUGAUAGAGCUGAUGACCACCACUGCGGGAAGAGUGCAGUCUCAUGCAGUGGCCACUUUGCUAGAUGUUGCAGAAUCUGGUAGUGGAGCAGCAGGUGCUGCGAUGGCCACCAAUGACGAAAUAGAUUCCUUAACCGGAGCUCUGCAGAAUUCUUUACCUGCUGUGCGAGACGCUGCCUUGAGAGGACUGACUGUCAUUCAUUCUGCAUUCCCAUCUGAAAAGGAAGACUACGAUCAGCUUCUUCGACUGACUCGUAGGAUCUGGAUCGCCAAGUUCGAUGUCUGUGAAGAGAAUAAGGAGAUGGCACAGAAGCUGUGGGACUCUGCAGGUCUGGUGGCUAAUGCAGAGAUUCUUUGCGAUGAACUUAUAAAUGAUAUUGCUCAUCCAGUUGAGCCAAUACAGCAGGCUGCUGCGUGUGCUCUUGCACAGCUGUUAACGGAGGACCCUAAGUUAAUGCCAUCGAUAUUGGAUCGCUUGUUGCAGCUUUACACAGAUAAACUGGUUAUGAUACCACCAAAGCUGAAUGAUUUCGGCAGAGUGGUAGAGCAACCCAUCGAUACCUGGGGACCUCGAAGAGGGGUAGCUUUGGCGUUAGCUCAGCUAGCUCCUCUUCUCACGUCUGACACGAUUUUCAAACUAGUGCAGUUCUUUGUGUCCACUGGACUUGGUGAUAGGAAUCCAGCUGUUCGAACGGAAAUGCUGACAGCUGCUGUAGCUGCUGUCGAUCUUCACGGAAAGGCGAACAUAACUUCUUUGCUCCCAGUCUUUGAGGAUUUCAUGGACAAGGCACCUAAAAUUGGAAGCUUUGAUUCCAUUAAGCAGUCUGUGGUGAUUCUUAUGGGAUCCUUGGCAAGGCAUCUCGAUAAAGAUGAUCCCAGAAUCAAACCUAUCGUAAUGAGACUGAUUGCAGCUCUGUCGACACCUUCGCAGCAAGUGCAGGAAGCUGUGGCUAAUUGUCUACCACAUCUAGUGUCCUCUAUUAAGGAAGAUGCUCCUAGGAUCGUUGACAAUCUGAUGGACCAACUUUUGAAGUCUGAUAAAUAUGGUGAACGUAAAGGUGCAGCCUACGGGCUAGCUGGACUUAUCAAGGGAAUGGGUAUCCUCGCUUUGAAACAGCUCGACAUAAUGACUACUCUUACUAAUGCUAUUCAGGAUAAGAAGAAUUACAGACAUCGCGAAGGAGCACUCUUUGCUUUUGAGAUGCUUUGUAUGAUGUUGGGAAGACUCUUUGAGCCGUACAUCGUUCAUGUGUUGCCACAUUUACUUCUAUGUUUCGGUGACUCUAAUCAGUACGUCAGAGCUGCUACCGAUGAUACUGCCAGAGUUGUUAUGAGUAAACUCUCGGCUCAUGGCGUUAAGCUUGUCUUACCUAGUUUGCUGGCAGCAUUGGAAGAGGAUUCAUGGAGGACAAAGACAGGAUCGGUUGAACUUUUGGGAGCCAUGGCAUACUGUGCUCCAAAGCAACUAAGCAGCUGUCUUCCUAGCAUUGUGCCGAAACUCAUCGAAGUGCUCAGUGACUCUCACACAAAAGUUCAAGAGGCAGGGGCGGAGGCCCUGAAGGUCAUCGGUAGUGUUAUUCGAAAUCCUGAAAUUCAAGCAAUUGUGCCGGUUCUUCUGAAAGCUCUUCAAGAUCCAUCGCGUAAAACAGCCACCUGCCUGCAGACACUCCUCGACACUCAGUUUGUUCAUUUUAUAGACGCACCAUCUCUUGCUCUGAUCAUGCCAGUGGUUCAACGAGCUUUCAUGGAUCGUUCCACAGAAACCAGGAAAAUGGCCGCACAAAUUAUUGGAAACAUGUACUCCUUAACUGAUCAGAAGGAUUUAACGCCAUAUUUACCAACCAUCAUUCCAGGCUUGAAGACAAGUUUGUUAGAUCCGGUACCUGAAGUUCGCAGUGUAUCAGCUCGAGCCCUUGGAGCCAUGGUUCGGGGCAUGGGAGAAUCCAGUUUCGAAGACUUACUUCCAUGGCUGAUGCAGACUUUAACAUCAGAAACUAGUAGUGUCGACAGAUCAGGUGCAGCCCAAGGUCUCUCCGAAGUUGUUCGAGGACUAGGUGUGGAGAAAUUACACAAGCUCAUGCCGGAGAUCAUAAGUACUGCUGAAAGAACGGACAUAGCUCCUCACGUUAAGGAUGGAUACAUCAUGAUGUUCAUAUACAUGCCAAGUGCAUUUACUACGGAGUUUACUCCUUAUAUCGGACAGAUAAUUAAUCCGAUUUUGAAAGCUUUGGCUGAUGAGAACGAAUAUGUUAGAGAGACUGCUCUGAGAGCUGGUCAGAGAAUUGUAACCCUCUACGCUGACUCAGCGAUUAUGCUGUUAUUGCCAGAACUGGAGAAGGGGCUGUUCGAUGACAACUGGCGUAUCAGGUAUUCUUCGGUGCAACUAUUAGGUGAUCUACUUUAUAGGAUAUCUGGAGUUUCCGGCAAGAUGUCCACGGAGACUGCCAGCGAAGAUGACAAUUUUGGCACUGAACAGUCUCAUUAUGCGAUCAUUAACGCUCUAGGAGCUGAAAGAAGGAACAGAGUGUUAGCUGGAUUGUACAUGGGACGGUCCGAUGUUGCUCUCAUGGUCAGACAAGCAGCGCUUCAUGUUUGGAAAGUUGUGGUGACGAAUACACCGAGAACCCUACGUGAGAUCUUACCAACCUUGUUCAGUCUGUUGUUGGGAUGUCUGGCAAGCACGAGUUUUGACAAGAGACAGGUGGCUGCCAGAACAUUGGGUGAUUUAGUCAGAAAAUUAGGAGAGCGAGUUCUACCGGAGAUUAUUCCCAUUUUGGAGAGGGGUCUUCAGAGCGAACAGGCUGACCAACGACAGGGUGUAUGCAUCGGACUGUCUGAAAUUAUGGCCAGCACUAGCAAGGAUAUGGUCCUCACGUUUGUUAAUAGCCUUGUUCCUACCGUAAGGAAAGCUCUCUGCGAUCCACUGCCAGAAGUCAGGCAAGCUGCAGCGAAGACCUUCGACAGUUUACACUCGACAGUGGGAGUUCGUGCUCUCGAUGACAUCCUUCCAGCGAUGCUGACUCAAUUAAAUUCUCCAGAUCAAGCAGAGGCUGAAAACACUCUGGAUGGUCUACGCCAAGUGAUGACAAUCAAGUCUCGAGUCGUUCUCCCCUACUUGGUACCCCAAUUGACAUCACCACCUGUCAACACGAAAGCCUUGUCGAUCUUGGCUAGCGUAGCUGGCGACGCUUUGACAAGGUUCCUACAUAAGAUAUUACCAGCUCUGCUGACUGCUCUCUCCAGUGCCCAAGGUACAGCGAAUGAGGUUCAAGAGCUGGAAUACUGUCAGGCAGUAAUUUUAUCUGUCACCGAUGAGGUCGGUGUCAGGACUGUCAUGGAUCAGCUGAUGGACGCCACAAGAUCCGAAGAUGUGUCAAGGCGACGUAGUGCUGCUACUCUGUUGUGUACAUUCUGUCGUGACACCAGGGCUGAUUAUAGCCAGUAUAUUCCUCAAUUACUCCGAGGACUGAUUCAUCUGUUCACCGAUGAUGACAAAGAUGUCCUGCAGAUGAGCUGGGAGGCUUUGACAGCUGUUACGAAGACCUUGGGUUCGGACCAGCAAAUAGCUCAUGUUCAAGACAUCCGUCAAGCUGUACGCUUCGCUGUGUCGGAUCUGAAGGGACAAGAACUGCUUCCUGGAUUCUGUUUACCAAAAGGGAUUACCCCGAUAUUGCCCAUCUUCAGGGAAGCCAUUUUAACUGGCAUGCCGGAAGCAAAAGAACAGGCUGCCCAAGGACUCGGGGAAGUCAUUCGUCUCACCAGUGCCAGUGCUCUGCAGCCAAGCGUGGUUCAUAUUACUGGACCACUUAUUCGUAUUUUAGGAGAUCGUUUUAAUUGGAGCGUGAAGGCUGCUGUUCUGGAAACCCUUGCAAUUCUGUUAGGAAAGGUCGGAGUAAUGUUGAAGCAGUUCUUGCCACAGCUUCAGACCACUUUCUUGAAAGCACUCAAUGACAGCAAUCGACAGGUCAGACUGAAAGCUGCUUAUGCGCUGAGCAAUCUCAUCGUUAUCCACACUCGUGCUGACCCCCUCUUUGCGGAACUGCACACCGGUAUCAAGACUUCCGAUGAUCCUGCAAUCAGAGAGACGAUGUUGCAAGCUCUUCGAGGUGUACUUACACCUGCUGGAGACAAGAUGACCGAACCGAUGAGAAGACAAGUCUUUGCCACGUUGAGUGGGAUGCUUGUUUACCCGGAAGACGUCACCAGAAAUGCAGCAGCCGGCUGUUAUGGCGCCAUUCUAAAAUGGUUAACCCCUGAACAACUUGCCACGGCGUUCAACGAUCAUUUGUUGUGUAACGACGUGAACGCCGACUGGAUCUUGAGGCACGGUCGAUCCGCUGCGCUCUUCGUCGCGCUGAAGGAGGCACCGGAAACGGUCUACACCAACAAGGAAAAGGAUCGAGUUUGCAAAGUGAUCCUCUCCUAUUUAGCCGCCGAUAAGGUUCAAAUAGCCAUGAACGGCGUGCGCGUCUGUGGAUACCUGUUCCAGUAUCUUAUGAACGAGGGACAGCCGAUUCCUCAGCAGAUCCUAACGCCAUUUGUCAGGUCGAUGAACCACAGCAGCAACGACGUUAAGCAACUCCUGGCCAGGGUGUGCAUCCACUUGGCGAGGAACAUCUCGUCGGAGAAGAUGUCUCCGGAGCUUCUGAAAUCGCUGUUGCCGAUGCUGGUCAACGGCACGAAGGAGAAGAACGGCUACGUCAAGGCGAACAGCGAGCUCGCCCUCAUUGCCGUGUUGAGGCUAAAGCAAGGAGACGAGGAACACCAGCGUUGCAUGGCACUGCUGGACGUAGGGGCGAAGGAGUCCCUCUCGGACGUGGUGAGCAAGGUGCUACGCAAGGUCCUCUCGCAGCCCGAGGGUAAAAUAGAAGAGCUGGACGACACGUUACUCACGUGAGAGACAUUGCCCUUCCCGGGGCUUACCAAUCGCCAUUCCCAUCCCCGUAUCCACCGUCGGGUCGCACGUUGUUCUCCGCCCGGUUCCUCGUCUAGCUGUCGCUCCCUCGCCAACGCGGCUGGAUCGGCGAUCGCUCGCCUUCUAGGGCGCCCUAACGUCAAUUCGGAGUAUACUCCGCCGAUGAUCCUAAAACUGCUCAAGCUCAGGCGCCCCGAAUUUCGCGGCCGAUGCAGACGCCGCUCCGGAGUCCUCUCUUCUUCCAGUCUUCCCUCUUGGAGCCUUACAGAGGAUUUCCAGGAGUUAAACUCAAGGAACUCCAGGGAAGCGCCGAUCGACCAGUCAUUGAUCCGCGAUGGCCACUGGAGGCACCUUCUUCAAGAUGUUUUCUAUAAUUUAAAGAGGUGUCCUGGAAACACCCAUGAUUCGGAGUCUGAGACGACUGCUUGCCGCGAAGAGAUGCCAAAAGUGGUCGAUGGAUAUUCCUGGAGGUUUUGGUGUUACCCUGGGAUUCGUCCUCGGCGAUGGUCCCAGAGGAGCCUGAAAGGCCGAAGGAUUCUCGGAUUAGCGUGCCGUUCUCUUCGGUCGCGGGGAGAUUGUUGUUUUCUAGUCGGAAUUAACCGGCCGUGCCGCCGGAAAGGUCCUCCCGAUUCUUGGAAUGUUGAUCGUAUCAAUCGAACGGGCCAGAGGUCGCGAAUGUUCGCCAGGUCGACCCCCGCCUCGUCGCCUUGCCGUCGUGCUCCGUGUCGGACGUGGACAGCGCUCGUCGACACGUUGUCCCCUAGUUGUACACAUCGGUAUAUAGUUUAUAUUUUAGAAAUCGAUUAUAGGAGUCGUUGAGUCGACGCCUCGCGGUACCUUGGCGAAAGGUCAGCUGAUAGGAUUCGGGUCUUCUGGUGAAGAGGGUGCUAUUUUUACUGCCCCUUGACGACAUCAAAGGGAGAGGCUCGAUUGAAAAGUCUAAACUAAUCGAGUGGUGUUGUGAACUAGGAUUUUUUAGAGCAAUUGCGCGGGAUUUGCCGAGGCGUCCAGUACACGUGCGAGGGGCCUCCUCUGCUGCAAAGUUCAAUUUCGACGGUACGACGCUUUAAGAACGGUUCCAGGUGGUUCCACCGGGCUACGGCGACGUGAAAUUAUACUUUAAUGUCAACUUGAGGUUUUCUAUUCUGGUUAAAUCUCUAGGAGGCUUUGUGUAUGUACUUGCGACCCGGCAAAUCAUGGGUAGUUGGUCUUGGCGUGCGCCACUUCCGAGCCGGCUCAUCAAAGAGGACAUCGUCGCCUCUGUCGAGGAGCGACGAGCUGCGAGUUUUAUCCUUGUACGCGUUCUUUUGUACUCGUCAUCCUUUUUAUAUGAUCGUUGCCGCGUCCUUCCAUUUUGUACACGUUGCGCGAUUGCGGUGUUCGACUCCAUUACGUCGUUUUAGGGUGGACGAGUCGUUUAGAGAAAGUUUUUGCCGGGUAUCAAAGGGGUGCCAUGUCGACAUGUGGAGGCCCCCGAAAGAGAGGCCUUCAUGUACCUCGUUUUUUCUUAUACUUUUUGGAAAAGAGGAGGACAAGGGACGGAAUCUCGAGGUGGCGGUUCGACUUUUGUACUGUAUAUUUCCCUUCAUUCUGGUGUCGGUUGAAUAUUAAUAACUGUUGUGCAGACUCGACGCUUCAGGCUGCGUCUGAAUUCUGUCCCAUGGAAGAGGAAAGGGGAGGGCCGAGAGCACUACGGCCUGGAAGUGCGCAUCGGUGUACUUUACAUGGAAAAUGGACAAAAAAAGAGAGAGAGAGAAGAAACAGGCGGAAUGUCCUGCGACCUAGCCCUAUCUCCUGCCGUUCCUAUCCCCGCAAAGCCCCGGGACUGCAAAGAGCAUGCAUAUUGGGUCGUACACGCAAGAAAGGUUAAGCUUUAUUUUAUUGUUAUCCGGCAAGAAAGAUGGCGAGCGAGGGAGAGAGCCGAUGUCCUGGUUUUUAUGCGAUCCUACGCCGCGAGUUUGGACCACUUAUGACUGCGUUUUAAACCUUUUCAUUUGUAAGAAAAACGCCUCGUUGAGGCCUUCGCGAACGAAGAUCGGUCUUCUCUUGUUGGUUCUCGAGUCUUCGUCUUCUUAUAAAUUAUAUGCAUCGAGACUAUGAAAGAAAAAAAAGAGAACAAAAAUUGUACACAUUACACCGUACUUAAUUUUUACAGUUUGUUACAAAAGUCCCUUAAAGGGAAUCGUGGUACAAGCUCGCGGCGUCCAGUGAUAUGUAUAAUUCCUUUUCGCAUUAUGAAUUACAUGAUUAAUUGUUAAGAAGUCGAUUGGAGAGCUGCGCCGAUGCACGGAUGCAUCCGAGGGGGACGUUUUUCGGGAAUGAACUCGUGGAACUUCGAACGCGGGGAAAUCCGUGUAAGAAUUUUUAGUUUUACUUCUACUUGAUCGGGCAUAACGGUGUCGGAAGGGCGGCGGCUUUAUUUCUCACGAUGUAGGCUUUCAAAUGCUUUUCAGGGAUACGAUUAUUUAUUUGUCCGAUCGUGUCCGGGCAUUGCGAACAUUUUUACGGGAAAACGCAGACAGGUCGGCACGGCGUUCCAAUCACAAUUGUUUAAGUUUCAAUUUCUAUUAACAGACCUGUUUCUACAAACAUUAAUUUAUCACAUCUUUGUAACAAAUUUAGGUUUGUUAUGUAUGAAUCGAGAUAUGUGAUAUGAUUAACGUAUAAAGAAUGAUGCUCUGGAA